CACAUAUCCCGUGAGAUUCUGGCAAGACUGAGCGUGCAGGUAGCAAUGGAGUCCCUGAGGACGGGGGCCGCGUGCCAGUUUUCGAGGUGCACUGAGAUAUCUCGCCCCCGAGGCUGGGGUCCUGUGGUCCGGCCCGAGGGCCACAACCCCCGCCCUUCCAUGUGCCCGCCCAUCCCCCGGCUGCGCCGCUUCUCCGGCUGCUGCUUACCGCGCCGGACGCUCGGGCUGCGGGACAGGGCGGCACCGGCCGGCCACAGCGACGCCGGCGCCGAGGGACACCGCAGCAUGAGGCAGAGAUUAACGUGACAGUGUCAGGUGGACCCACAGCCAUCCCACCUCCCCUUCUGGGGAGUGCUGAGAGUGAGGUAGCAUGGAGGAGAGGAAGCAUGAGACCAUGAACCCAGCUCAUGUCCUCUUUGACCGGUUUGUCCAGGCCACCACCUGCAAGGGAACCCUCAAGGCCUUCCAGGAGCUCUGUGACCACCUGGAACUAAAGCCAAAGGACUACCGCUCCUUCUAUCACAAGCUCAAGUCCAAGCUUAACUACUGGAAAGCCAAAGCCCUCUGGGCAAAGUUGGACAAACGGGGCAGUCACAAAGACUACAAAAAGGGAAAAGCGUGCACUAACACAAAGUGUCUCAUCAUUGGGGCUGGCCCCUGUGGUCUCCGUACAGCCAUCGACUUAUCCUUACUGGGGGCCAAGGUGGUUGUUAUUGAGAAACGAGAUGCCUUCUCCCGCAACAACGUCUUGCAUCUCUGGCCAUUCACCAUACAUGAUCUACGAGGUCUGGGUGCCAAGAAGUUCUAUGGCAAGUUCUGUGCCGGAGCCAUCGACCAUAUCAGUAUCCGUCAGCUCCAGCUAAUACUUUUGAAAGUAGCCUUGAUCCUAGGCAUUGAGAUCCAUGUCAAUGUGGAAUUCCAAGGACUUAUACAGCCUCCUGAGGACCAAGAGAAUGAACGGAUAGGCUGGCGGGCACUGGUGCACCCCAAGACUCAUCCUGUGUCAGAGUAUGAAUUUGAAGUGAUCAUCGGUGGGGAUGGUCGGAGGAACACCUUGGAAGGGUUUCGUCGGAAAGAAUUCCGUGGCAAACUGGCCAUCGCCAUCACAGCAAAUUUUAUCAACCGAAAUACAACAGCAGAAGCUAAAGUGGAAGAGAUCAGUGGUGUGGCUUUUAUAUUCAACCAAAAAUUUUUCCAGGAACUGAGGGAAGCCACAGGUAUUGACUUGGAGAACAUCGUUUACUACAAAGAUGACACACACUAUUUCGUUAUGACAGCCAAAAAGCAGAGUUUGCUGGACAAAGGAGUGAUACUACAUGACUAUGCCGACACAGAGCUCCUGCUUUCCCGAGAAAACGUGGACCAGGAGGCUCUGCUCAGCUAUGCCAGGGAGGCGGCAGACUUCUCUACCCAGCAGCAGCUGCCAUCUCUGGAUUUUGCCAUCAAUCACUAUGGGCAGCCCGAUGUGGCCAUGUUUGACUUCACUUGUAUGUAUGCCUCCGAGAAUGCCGCCUUGGUGCGGGAGCAGAACGGACACCAGUUACUAGUGGCUCUGGUCGGGGACAGCCUCCUAGAGCCUUUCUGGCCAAUGGGAACAGGAAUAGCCCGGGGCUUUCUAGCUGCUAUGGACUCUGCCUGGAUGGUCCGAAGUUGGUCUCUAGGAACAAGCCCUUUGGAAGUGCUGGCAGAAAGGGAAAGUAUUUACAGGUUGCUGCCUCAGACCACCCCUGAGAAUGUGAGUAAGAACUUCAGCCAGUACAGUAUCGACCCCGUCACUCGGUAUCCCAAUAUCAAUGUCAACUUCCUCCGGCCAAGCCAGGUGCGCCAUUUAUAUGAUACUGGCGAAACAAAAGAUAUUCACCUGGAAAUGGAGAGCCUGGUGAAUUCCCGAACCACCCCCAAAUUGACUCGCAAUGAGUCUGUAGCUCGUUCAAGCAAACUGCUGGGUUGGUGCCAGAGGCAGACAGAUGGCUAUGCAGGCGUAAACGUGACAGAUCUCACCAUGUCCUGGAAAAGUGGCUUGGCCCUUUGUGCAAUUAUCCAUAGAUACCGCCCUGACCUGAUAGAUUUUGAUUCUUUGGAUGAGCAAAAUGUGGAGAAGAAUAACCAGCUGGCCUUUGACAUUGCUGAGAAGGAAUUGGGCAUUUCCCCCAUCAUGACAGGCAAAGAAAUGGCCUCCGUGGGGGAGCCUGAUAAGCUGUCCAUGGUGAUGUACCUGACUCAGUUCUACGAGAUGUUUAAGGACUCCCUCCCCUCUAGCGACACCUUGGACCUAAAUGCCGAGGAGAAAGCAGUCCUGAUAGCCAGCACCAGAUCCCCUAUCUCCUUUCUAAGCAAACUUGGCCAGACCAUCUCUCGGAAGCGUUCUCCCAAGGAUAAAAAGGAAAAGGACCUGGAUGGUGCUGGGAAGAGGAGAAAGACCAGUCAAUCAGAGGAGGAGGAAGCUCCUCGGGGCCACAGAGGAGAAAGAGCGACCCUGGUGAGCACUCUGACAGACAGGAGGAUGGAUGUUGCCGUUGGGAACCAGAACAAAGUGAAGUACAUGGCGACCCAGCUGCUGGCCAAAUUUGAAGAGAAUGCGCCCGCACAGUCCAUCGGCAUACGGAGACAGCUGACACAAGAGCGUGGGGCCAGCCAGCCGUCCUGCUGCCUGCCUGGGCAGGUUCGCCCUGCCCCCACCCCCCCGUGGAAACAGGGCUCCAUGAAGAAGGAGUUCCCACAGAACCUGGGAGGCAGCGACACGUGCUACUUCUGCCAGAAGCGGGUCUACGUGAUGGAGAGGCUGAGUGCCGAGGGCAAGUUCUUCCACCGGAGCUGCUUCAAGUGCGAGUACUGCGCCACCACCCUGCGCCUUUCAGCCUACGCCUACGACAUCGAGGAUGGUAAAUUCUACUGUAAGCCACACUACUGCUAUCGACUCUCUGGGUACGCACAAAGGAAGAGACCAGCGGUGGCUCCCCUGUCUGGAAAGGAGACCAAAGGACCCCUGCAGGAUGGUGUCACCACAGACGCAAACGGACGGGCCAGCGCCGCGGCCGGCUCCACUGAGAGAACCCCAGGUUCAGGCGUGAACGGCCUGGAGGAGCCCAGCAUCGCCAAGCGGCUGAGGGGCACCCCAGAGCGGAUCGAGCUGGAGAACUACCGCCUGUCCCUGAGGCAGGCUGAGGCGCUGCAGGAGGUACCGGAGGAGACUCAGGCCGAGCACAACCUGAGCAGCGUGCUGGACACAGGCGCCGAGGAGGACGUCGCCAGCAGUAGUUCCGAGUCUGAGAUGGAGGAGGAGGAAGAGGAGGAGGAGGAGCCUCGCCUGCCCCCAUCUGACCUGGGUGGUGUUCCAUGGAAGGAGGCCGUGCGGAUCCAUGCCCUUCUGAAAGGGAAAAGUGAAGAGGAGCUAGAGGCCUCAAAGAGCUUUGGGCCUGGGAAUGAAGAGGAGGAGGAGGAGGAAGAAUAUGAAGAGGAGGAGGAGGAGGACUAUGACGAGGAGGAGGAAGAGUCCAGUGAAGCCGGGAACCAGAGGUUCCAGCAGGUCAUGCACGCGGUGGAUCCUCUGGAGAUCCAGGCUGACGUGCACUGGACUCAUAUCCGUGAGAGAGAGGAGGAAGAGAGGAUGGCACCGGCCUCUGAGUCCUCUGCUUCCAGAGUGCCCGACCUUCCCUCCAUACGCCGCGCGGCGGUGCAGGCCUGGCUGGAGACGGUCUCCGGAGCCCCAUUGGAUGAGAAUGACCUAGAGGAAGAUGUGGACUCGGAACCAGCCGAGAUAGAAGGGGAGGCAGCAGAGGAUGGGGACCCAGGGGACACUGGUGCUGAGCUGGAUGAUGAUCAGCACUGGUCUGACAGCCCGUCGGAUGCUGACAGAGAGCUGCAUUUGUUGCGCCCAGCUGAGGGGGAAGCAGAGCCGGAGCUGAGGGUGUCGGAAGAUGAAGAGAAGCUGCCCGCCUCACCGAAGCACCAAGAGAGAGGUCCUUCCCAAGCCACCAGCCCCAUCCGGUCUCCCCGGGAAUCAGCUCUUCUGUUCACUCCAGUCCACAGCCCCUCAACAGAGGGGCCCCAACUCCCACCUGUCCCUGCCGCCACCCAGGAGAAAUCACCCGAGGAGCGCCAUUUCCCUGAGCCUUUGCUCCCCAAAGAGAAGCCCAAAGCUGAUGCCCCCUCGGAUCUGAAGGCUGUGCACUCUCCCAUCCGAUCGCAGCCAGUGGCCCUGCCAGAAGCCAGGACUCCUGUCUCACCAGGGAGCCCGCAGCCCCGGCCACCCGUGGCAGCCUCCACGCCCCCACCCAGCCCACUCCCCAUCUGCUCCCAGCCCCAGCCUUCCACCGAGGCCACUGUCCCGUCCCCUACCCAGUCCCCCAUACGCUUCCAGCCUGCCCCGGCCAAAACAUCCACCCCACUGGCCCCUCUCCCUGUCCAAAGCCAAAGCGACACCAAGGACAGGCUGGGCAGCCCCCUUGCUGUGGACGAGGCCCUCAGACGGAGCGACCUGGUGGAGGAGUUCUGGAUGAAGAGUGCGGAGAUCCGCCGCAGCCUCGGGCUCACACCUGUGGACCGCAGCAAGGGGCCGGAGCCCAGCUUCCCCACGCCUGCCUUCAGGCCAGUGUCCCUCAAAUCCUAUUCCGUUGAAAAGUCCCCCCAGGAUGAGGGACUCCACCUUCUCAAGCCUCUGUCCGUCCCCAAAAGGCUGGGCCUGCCAAAGCCGGAGGGCGAGCCAUUGUCCCUGCCAACCCCCCGGUCCCCGUCCGACAGAGAGCUACGCAGCGCCCAGGAGGAGCGCAGGGAGCUGUCCAGCAGCUCUGGCCUCGGCCUGCACGGGAGCUCCUCCAACAUGAAGACACUGGGCAGCCAGAGCUUCAACACCUCGGACUCCGCCAUGCUCACGCCCCCCUCCAGCCCGCCCCCGCCACCGCCCCCGGGCGAGGAGCCCGCCACCUUGCGGAGGAAGCUCAGGGAGGCGGAGCCCAACGCCUCGGUUGUCCCGCCGCCCUUGCCUGCCACCUGGAUGCGGCCCCCCCGGGAGCCUGCUCAGCCCCUCAGAGAGGACGUGCGGAAGUCUUUUGUGGAGAGCGUGGAGGAGAUCCCCUUCGCUGACGACGUGGAGGACACCUAUGACGACAAGACUGAGGACUCAAGCCUGCAGGAGAAAUUCUUCACGCCCCCGUCCUGCUGGCCGCGCCCUGAGAAGCCUCCCCACCCGCCCCUGGCCAAGGAGAAUGGGAGGCUGCCUGCUCUGGAGGGGACGCUGCAGCCGCAGAAGAGGGGGCUGCCCUUGGUCUCCGCGGAAGCCAAGGAGUUGGCCGAGGAGCGCAUGCGAGCCAGGGAGAAGUCCGUGAAGAGCCAGGCGCUGCGGGACGCCAUGGCCAGGCAGCUGAGCAGGAUGCAGCAGAUGGAGCUGGCCUCAGGCGCCCCCAGGCCCCGCAAGGCGUCCUCAGCACCCUCCCAGGGCAAGGAGCGCCGGCCUGACUCCCCCACACGCCCCACUCUCAAGGGCUCCGAUGAGCCCACCCUGAAGCAUGAAGCCACCAGCGAGGAGGUCCUCUCCCCGCCGUCGGACUCGGGGGGCCCAGAUGGCUCUUUCACUUCAUCCGAGGGCUCCAGUGGGAAGAGCAAGAAAAGGUCGUCACUCUUCUCCCCCCGCAGAAACAAGAAGGAGAAGAAGUCCAAAGGCGAGGGCCGGCCACCGGAGAAACCCAGCCCCAACCUCCUGGAGGAAGCCGCCGCCAAACCCAAGUCCCUGUGGAAGUCCGUCUUCUCCGGGUACAAGAAGGACAAGAAGAAGAAGGCCGACGACAAGUCCUGCCCCAGCACCCCCUCCAGCGGGGCCACGGUGGACUCCGGCAAGCACAGGGCGCUUCCCGUCGUAAGGGCAGAGCUGCAGCUCCGGCGCCAGCUGAGCUUCUCCGAAGACUCAGACCUCUCCAGCGACGAUGUCCUUGAGAAGUCCUCACAGAAGUCCCGGCGAGAGUCGAUUUAUGUACCACACGCCUUGGCAUUCGGGAGAUCAUGUGCAUCAAAGCCAAGAACCUACACAGAGGAGGAACUGAAUGCCAAGCUGACCCGGCGUGUGCAAAAGGCAGCUCGGAGACAGGCCAAGCAGGAGGAGCUUAAGCGGCUGCAUCGAGCCCAGAUCAUCCAGCGGCAGCUGCAGCAGGUGGAGGAGAGGCAGCGGCGGCUGGAGGAAAGGGGCGUGGCUGUGGAGAAGGCGCUCCGGGGCGAAGCAGACUAUUGGGGAGAGUCUUAUUACAGUGGCCUCAUCGACUUGCAUCUGGGUGGUAUGGGCAAGAAGGAUGACCCCAAGCUGAUGCAGGAGUGGUUCAAGCUAGUGCAGGAGAAGAACGCCAUGGUGCGCUACGAGUCGGAGCUGAUGAUCUUUGCCCGGGAGCUGGAGCUGGAAGACCGGCAGAGCCGACUGCAGCAGGAGCUCCGGGAACGCAUGGCAGUGGAAGAUCACCUUAAGACUGAGGAGGAGCUGUCAGAAGAGAAGCAGAUUCUCAAUGAGAUGCUGGAGGUGGUGGAGCAGAGAGACUCACUGGUGGCGCUGCUAGAGGAGCAGCGGCUCCGGGAGACAGAGGAGGACAAGGACCUGGAGGCUGCCAUGCUGUCCAAGGGCUUCAGCCUUAACUGGUCCUGAGCUCCCACCCAACGCCCCAUUUUCUGUUGGCAUCCGCCUGGCCGGGCAGUGGCCUCCAAACCACCUGGAGCCGCGAUCUGAGGAGGCCUGGCACCUCCUUGGAGUUUACGCUCAGAUGCCCGUGUGCUGCUUGGAAAGUGGUCGAGUCCCACCUGCAGUGGGGAGCCCCAGGUGACAGUGGUUAUCUGAGACGGCUCCACCUCCUGGGAGGAGGCCCACCUGGACCUCCCGCUCAGAGGAGGAGCACGGCGUGUAUGGCAUGACGCAGGGGACCACCCCGCGCGCUCCCUGAGGAUGUGCUGGCUGUGCGCCUUUCUUCCACUGGCACAUUUGGUAAGAGAGGGAAGCUGCUCCUCGUCAGAACCACAGUGCGCCGUGCGAGGGGCACUGUCUUCGUCAUGCUCCCUGGAGCACCACCAAAGAAACGUAAACAAUACCCCACGAAAGCAGGGUCAGGGCUCAGGGUGUGAUCGAGACCCAAGAUGGGGGCGUCCAGUCAUGCCCACCCCAGCAUCACAGGAGACGUGGAGGUGCGGGCAGGCUCCUGAAUUAUUAUGCAAAUUAGGAGGACGCAGGAGGGGUCUGCCCUCCGGCCCAACACCACACACUGGACCCUAAGUGGCCAAAUGCCUGGGCCGCUUGCUGGCUGUGGCCUGAGGCUUGUGAGUUGCUGCAUUUUGCUUGUAGUUCACAACCACUUUGACACUGGAAAAUGCUGACUUUGGGGGACAGGAUGAGGCCCUACAUUCUAAGCCCCCAGUUGGCAGACAGGCAUUGUCCCUGUUCCACAUUUAUGUCGGGGCAGGAGAUGACCUUUUCCUCGGUGUUUUUCCUGUGUUUGCACAUUGAAAUGAAGCUGACAACCUGGCAAGAUGCUCAGCCGCUUCAAACCCUUUUUGUCAAUUAACUUAUUUUUUUAAUACUUGAAAAGAAGUAACUUCGUUUGUAUAUCUUUACUAGAGACACUGAUCACCUGCACCCGGGUGCGGGAGCCACAGCGGCAUCUGGUGCGUCCUACACGACCUGGUCGGGGGCUGCCCGGCGCUCGUCACGUGCAUCUAUUUAUUAGCUUUUCUCUUCGUAUCACUGGCCUGGCUGGCAUCAGGGAGCUGCCCAGAACCCCCGUGUGGGUCCUGCUCACACCUUUCUGUCCCCUCCUCCACCCGGUGCCUGCCUCACCCUGGCGCUAGACCAUCUGGACCGCUCAUGUGAUGAGGGUGCAUUUCCGUUCUGUUUUGGGCCAAGCCAACAGCAGAGCUGCCACUCUCACCCUCCCGAUGAGAAUUCCGGCUCUGCAGAACUCGCCCUUGUCUCAGUUUGGGGGCCAGGGCAUCACCUUCCUCCGCACGUAUGUUAAAGAAGGUUUAAGGAUAGGCCCUCGUCCACACUGGCCAAGAGGGUGCAAGGUGGGACCCUGGAAUCAUGUGGCUGGUGAGAAUUCCCUCCUCCCAGCCUAAGAUUCACCCAGACGGAAACGCAAGUGCUGCAGUGGGUGCUGGGAUGCAAGCUGGCCUCUCUCAAGCAGAUCAGCGACUCCUGCCCUUCCUUCCGAAGGCGACGGGCACCUGCCUUGUGCAGGAUCUUCAUGGGGCCAUAAAGGGUGGCGAGCCCCGAAUCACUAGCUCCUAUAGCCAAACCGUUCGUUUCUCACAGUUCCGCACCAGCCUGGCUGUGUACAGCUCAUCAAGCCACUGAGCUAAUAGGGGGUGGGGUGCUUGUCCAUCAAAGCAGUUAGCACAUAGCCCAGCGAGGAGCCAUCCGGACCAGACCCGCCUGCCAGGGGCGCUCCAGCCGCCUGCCGCCUCCGUGGGCUGGGGCCAGCUGGGAGCAGAGGCCUGGCCCCUCCAAGGCGUCCCACAGCGGAGCAGGCUGAGUGGCCGUGCUGACCUUUGGCUUUCCAUGGGAACCACACUGUGCCUCAACUUGAACAUUCAUCCCAACUGCAAAGGAGCAAAGAACCUGUGUCAUCCCUGUCUGUCCAGAAGCUGCCAUCUCUCUCCUGUGCACAUCCGGGAGAUAACACUGCUAGUGGCCGCCACAGCUCUGAUUCUCCACCUGUUCUCACGUGAGGCAAAGGUCUCCUUUUCUUUUCUCUUUACUUAAAAAAGGGGAGAGGAGGGUUUCUAGAUUCCGUCUUCAAACCCCAGUCGUCCCAUAAAAUUGGAAGUGGGAAAAGACCUUCACUGCCCGUGUGGCCUUUCCCAGACCUCUCCUCUCGAAUGCCACAAAACCGGUCCAGCCCCGGCAGAGCCGCCUUUGGCCCUUGUAGCUCCUGCUGGCCCCACAACGGGGAAGCAGUUUGCGAAGUGGCUCGGAAGGAGUGUGGCCCAGGGAUCUGCUAUAAGUGGCCGGACGUAGCAGGAGAGCCCAGUGUCACCUUCUGGUCCUGGUCAGCCUUAACACUGUGGCAUCCUCCACAGCACACACGGUGGCCUGCAGUCUGGAAGGCGGACCCGAGCCUUUGCAGAGAGGUGCCACAGAGCCGCAGCCCUGCACAGCAGCCCCAGCCUUCUCCUGACUGUGAGGACACCCAGUUCUAGUAGAGCACUUUUUUUUAAAGCUCCCAUUUUGUAACCACUAGUUUGCAGUUGACUUGAGUACUCUGGUGACUUGCUGCGUGAAGCGUUCUCAAGCUGUGAGAAUGUGCGCAGCUCCAGGCAGGUUUUCUCUCGGAGAGUUAAGUCUUCCCGUGAAGGCAGGGAAGCAGGUUGGAUACACAUAUAUCACACGCAUAAAACACCAGGCGCGGGAGCAGCCCAGACUCAAGGCUGACUAAACUGGAGGCUGAAUACUAUGGAGGUCCACAUGCAGCUUCCCUGGAGGGCAGGCCGGAGGCGCUGCCGCCCCUGGGCUUGAGGAUUCCGCACCCCGUGGGCUUCCAGGCCUGCCCAGAUGAUGCCUUCAGGCCUUUGCCCCUGGCAGCCAUCCUCAGGCCGAUUUUGACCAGCAAUGAUAGACUCUUCUUAACCCUUUCAAAAGAAAUUUUUCAGUGGGACAGGAAGGAGAGUUAAAAAACAUUUUUUUAAAGGUGGUAACAUCUGACCCACAAAGGGAAUGGGUCUGUUUUAUGCGAAAUAAAGGUUUUUCAAAUAAA